CGGGCCGCGGCGCACGCGCAGUGGCCGCCCCCGCCAUGCGGGAGGCGGGGAAGAUGGCGCUGGGCUGCCGCCAAGGGGGCCGCUGGUGCGGCCGCGUUCCCCUGCGGCCGGCCGAGGGGCUGGGGCCCGGCGUCCUGGCGCGACGCUACGCGGCGGCAGGCGGCCGUGAGGCGGCGAGCGGGGCGGAGCUGCUGGAGGUGUGCCGGCGGCGGCACUUCCUGCGGGGCGGCGCCGAGCCGCAGCCCUGGCGCGCCUACCUCAGCGGCUGUCACCCGGGCUUCGGGCCGCUGGGCGCGGCGCUGCGGGCCAACCUGGCGGCCCAGUGGUGGGACUCGGCGCUGGCCUUCCGGGAGCAGGUGUUCGCGGCCGACGCCCCGCUCCAGGGCCCGCCCGCCGGGCAGGGGCUGCGCCUGCUGCGGCCGGAGGCGCUCGGGGACCGGCGGCCGGGCGGCGCGGCGCUGGGGGCGGCGUGGACGCUCCGCGAGAGCCUGCUGCCCGGUGCUUUGGCACAAUAUGUGAGCUGCUUAGAACUGGUGAACAAGAGGCUGCCUUGUGGCCUUGCUCAGGUUGGAGUAUGCUUCCACUCCCUUCCAGAAAGCGAACAACACAGCGAAAACCUUACCAGAAUAGGCGAAAGGACCGCGUCUUUGCUUGCAUGGUUUAGUUCUCCCAGAACUGCAGGACAGUGGCUCGAUUACUGGUUACGCCAGAGGCUGCAAUGGUGGAGAAAGUUUGCAGUAGGCCCAUCUAACUUCAGCAGCACCGACUUUCAGGAUGAAGAAGGAAGGAAAGGAUUUCAUUUACACUACAGCUUUCCUUGGGGGACAGAAACAAUAGAAACGUUGACGAACCUUGGUGAUACUGAACUGUUACAGAUGUAUCCAGGGGAUAGUUCAAAAUUACUUGGCCGAGAUGGAAGGAAGAAUGUUAUUCCUCACGUUCUGUCUGUGAGUGGCAACCUGGACCGAGGAGUAUUAGCAUAUCUCUUUGAUUCUCUACAGCUAGCUGAGAAUCCACUAACAAAAAAGAAAAAUUCACAGAGAAAGGUACUUAAGCUUCAUCCUUGUUUAGCACCUCUUAAAGUGGCCUUGGACGUAGGAAAAGGUCCAACAACAGAGCUGAGGCAGGUUUGUCAAGGAUUGUUCAAUGAACUGUCAGAAAAUAGAAUUUCUGUAUGGCCGGGUUACCUUGAAACCGUGCAGGUAUCUCUGGAACAGCUUUAUACAAAGUAUGAUGAGAUGAGUGUUCUCUUCAUGAUCUUGAUAACUGAUGCCACUUUAGAGAAUGGAGUAGUCCAGCUGAGAAGCAGAGACACCACCAUGAAGGAAAUGAUGCACAUUUCCAGGCUGAAGGACUUUUUAACUAAGUAUGUAACAGCAGCCAAAAAUUUGUAAACUUAAAUUCACUGAGUAAAAGGAAUUUCUUAAACA